GUGGCUUAGAAAUAAGACUAGGUUUGGUGUUUUUGUCCCUUUUGAUGACAACAUCAAUUUUCAUAAGGUUAUAGCGGUGGGAAUUACGGUAGGAGUAGUCAUACACGCCGUGGCCCAUUUGGCUUGCGAUUUUCCACGGCUAAUCGCGGCAACUCCCGAAGAAUACAUGCCUCUCGGAAAGUUCUUCGGGGAGGAGCAACCGAAGAGAUACUUGCAUUAUGUGAAGUCAACAGAAGGAAUAACAGGACUCGUAAUGGUUCUCUUGAUGGCUAUUGCUUUUACACUGGCUCUGCCUUGGUUUAGGCGGGGGAAGCUAGAAAAAAAGCUUCCAGGGCCACUUAAGAAAAUCGCGAGCUUCAAUGCCUUCUGGUACACUCACCAUUUGUUCGUUAUAGUCUACAUUCUCCUUGUCUUGCACGGAUACUACUUGUAUCUCAGUAAGGAAUGGUACAAGAAAACGACGUGGAUGUACUUGGCCGUACCAGUAGCUCUCUAUGCAUUCGAGAGAUUGAUACGAGCAUUCAGGUCCAGCAUCAGGACAGUAAAAGUUCUUAAGGUAGCGGCUUAUCCUGGAAAAGUAUUGACUUUGCAAAUGUCAAAGCCUAAAAAUUUCAAAUACAUGAGCGGUCAAUACAUGUUUGUAAACUGUCCAGCAGUCUCACCGUUUGAGUGGCAUCCAUUUUCAAUAACUUCUACACCACAAGAGGACUUUCUGAGCGUUCAUAUGAAAUCACUAGGAGAUUGGACAGAGGCUAUCCAAGGAGUCUUCUCCGAGGUGUCUAAGCCAUCUCCGGUCGGAGACACAUUGCAUGGUGCAAAUAGUUCCUGUUACCCCAAAAUCAUGCUUGAUGGUCCGUACGGCGCACCAGCUCAAGACUACAAGAAGUACGAGGUGGUUCUGCUGAUCGGCCUCGGCAUUGGAGCCACCCCGAUGAUCAGCAUUAUCAAGGACAUUAUUAACAACACGGAGACCAAAGAACAGCUCAGCCAAAUGGAGAAAGGAUCACAACAAAAGCCACAAGUUAAGAAAGAAACUUUCAAAACGCGAAGAGCUUACUUCUACUGGGUAACAAAGGAGGAGGGCACAUUUGACUGGUUCAAAAACAUCAUGAACGAAAUAGCGGAACGGGACACAAGCAAAGUCAUAGAACUACACAAUCAUUGCACUAGUGUUUACGAAGAAGGAGACGUUCGUUCCGCUCUCAUACGGAUGCUCCAGUCUCUGAAUUAUGCCAAGAAUGGUUUAGACAUUGUUGCUGGAACAAGGGUCAUGUCCCAUUUCGCCAGACCUAAUUGGAAGAACGUCUACAAACAGAUAGCUAUGGACCACCCUGGCGCUAAUGUUGGAGUGUUCUAUUGUGGAGCACCGGUAUUGACAAAGGAAUUAAGGCAUCUAGCUUUGGAAUUCACACACAAGACAAGUACAAGAUUCUCCUUCCACAAAGAGAACUUCUAAAGACAAAGAAGCAAUUCUACCCACAAUGCUAGCAUGAUGGCUAACAAAUUAAUGAAAAUUGUGGAGAGCUAAGCUAGUGUGUCAUAUUUGUGUUUUGAGGAUUGAAUUUUGGUUUUUCUUUUUUAUGAUGUUUAUGUGAAAUGUAUGUUUAUGCGCUCUUUGUUUUUGUUUCAUUAUCUAAUAUUCAAAACCAUGUUCAAUA